UUCAAGCGCUCAACGUUGGCGGCGCGGUUGAAAAUCAAAAUCAAAAUCAAAAGCUUAGCCACAGCGCGUACUCGCUAAGUUGAUACCACUGAGCGUGUGUAUUAAAUGUGUUUCUGUGCGUGUUUGAGUGUUGAAGCGCGUUGUGCAGACAUGAAGUGAAUAAGAAAUUGGAAAAGCACUAAAAAAAAAAAUAAAAACAACAAAACGCUAAAGAAAACGCAAAGAAACGUGUUGAAGCCAAUGAGCAAACCAACGACCAGUAGCAACAGCAGCAGCAACAACAAGCAGUAAUAGUAACUACAACAACAACAACAACAACAACUAAGAAAUCAUUUGGGAAACGUCAAAAACAGUUUUGAGAAAAAAUCAGCAAAAAUAAAUUUAAUAAAUUUCGCCACGCAACGAUAUAUAUAUUUUUUUUGUCUACUCCCAGCUUGAGCAAUAAGAUGCAUACGGACGGGCAUGAGGAGUCAACGGAGCUGAGGCUGAGCCUCGAUUUGGGUAUUUCCAAUCAACAACUAGCUGAGGGCAUCGAAGUGGCAACAAAUCUGCAAAUGCCGGGCAAAUAUUGCCCAAAAAAUAACCAACAGCAUCGAGGACGACGACGACGCAGCGGAGCCGAGAGUGCCAAAUGGAAGGCAGCUGGUGGAUUCUCUGGCAUUUUUUGCUGGUCCAUCAAUUUGGCCAUUUUGAUUUGGCUAGCACAUUGCACGAAUGCCGUGCCCACCGACAGCAUCAGCAGCAGCAGCAGCAGCAGCAGCAGCGCAUCCUCUACAAUUGUCAUAGCCGCGGUCACGCCGAGCAGCAUUAGUUCGAGCGGCAGCAGCACUACCGAAUCGCUGCUGGAGCAGCAACAGCCGCAGGGCCAGUGUCUGCUGGAUGGCAUUUGGGUGCCGGAGACGACGGUGCACUGCGAGAAGCAGACGAGCUGCCGCGCCAUUCAGCGCACCGGCCACUGCUGCCCCGAUUAUAAAUGCGAUUGCCAAAAGGACGGCAAGACUUAUGCGAAUGGCUAUAAAUUGGUUGAUCCGGAUACACCCUGCACCGUGUGCUAUUGCAAAGGUGGAGAAAUUGUAUGCAGCCCUGUGACCUGUUUCCGGCGCGAUGAUUGCAUGCCUAAAUACGUGCCCGGCCGCUGCUGUCCGGAGUACGACAACUGUCCCAUUCUUGACAACAAUCCGCCGCUGUCCAGUGAAUCGAGCAGCGCGGCACCGUCGACCGCGAAGCCAGCGCCGGCUGCGCCGCCCGCUGGUUUCAAUUGGAAUAUAACCAUCAAGGAGAUUACCAAGCCGACAGAGAUACGCAUAACUGAUGACAAUCACAAGGUCAAACAGACAAUACCGACGCGCAAGGCGUCCAAUACCGAAGCACCGACAGCAGCAACAAGCGCAGCAACAACAACAACAACAAUAGCAACAGCAGCAGCAGCAACACCCACUGCAGCAGCAGCUGUUGCUGAUGGCCCAACAGCAGCAACAGAUAUGCCGGCAAGUGAAACAACAACAGCAGCAGCAGCAGUUGCAGCCGCUGCGGUGGCUAGCACCACAGCAGCAGCAAUGCCAACGGCAGCAGCAACAGACUCGCCGGCAACACCAACGCCUAGCCAAGACACAAACCCGAAAGCACUUCCAGUCAAUGGCAGCGAGAGCUUAAAGCUCAUCGCCUCAGUCGGCUAUAUUGAGCGCCCGCUCUCGCAUAACAAGCCGCUGGUCACCUACAAUUCAGACAGCUUGCAGCCGCUGGCCGAGAACGAUCCCAGCAAGGUGAACAUCAAGCGGGAGUAUACCACAGAGGGCGUGGCCGGGCUGCUGGGCAGCAAAGCUGAGGCCGUGCCCAUAGGAGCGAGCUCCAUAUUUCUGCAGAAUGGCUUCAGAGAUGCGCUCGUGGAGAAUGCAGCGGAGCUAGAGCCGGACACGGCGGGCAGCGACAACAUCUACCACAUCAUCUCCACCACAGAAGGACCCACCAGCAGCAGCAGCAGUAGCAGCAGUAGCAGCAACAAUCCCAGCAGCACAGAGCGCACAUCAAUCUCGAGCACAGAGGGGCCCAUGCAGUCCACUGACUACAGCUCCACAUAUAUCUCAAAUGUAGCCUUCGAGCAGGAAUCGACUACGGAGGGGUUAAUGGCCAUCAGCAGCAGCAGCGAGGUGCCAGCCUCGAGCAGUGCGCAGCCCGUGCAUCACAUGGAGGAGGAGGAUGUGCCGCAGGUGGAGUCCAAUCCCGCUUACCCCUCGCUGCCCGAGGACGAUUUCAGUCUGCGGGAUGUCAACUUUCCGCUGGUCGAGCUGGAGGAGAUUGUGGAGGCGGAGACCAAAGAUGAGCAGCGCAGCAUUGUGAGCCCCUUUGAGCUGGACAACAAGCGCACCAAGCUGGUCACGGAGAGCAGCUUGGAUGCCAGCGGCAAUGGCAGCGGCGCCGGCAGUGGCGGCGGCAGCGGCGACUCCGAAUUCUAUCUCGGCUCGACAACCGAUCAUAUGUUGAGCGCAGCAACCAAUUUGGAAAAGGCCACCGUUCUGCAAGUGCCGCUGAUGUACAGCGCCGAGGAUAGCUCCGCCGAGACGCGCAUACAGAACGUUAACGAGCUGGCCAAGAUCAGUGCCAGGCAGACGGAGAACGAGACCAGCGGCGAGCUGGACACGGGCAGCGGCCAAGGGGAACUGCGUGAGCCAACAACGCCACGCGCCCAGCGACUGCCCGCCGUGGACAUAGACGAACUGGGCUCCGGCUCAGGCUCCGGCGCUGGCCAGGCACAGGGCGCCCAGGAUCCCAAAGCCGAUGCUGAGAGUCUCAAGUUGAACGAGAGCCACGAGCAGGCGGACAAUGUGGUUGAGACCAAGGCGACAUCGCGUGCCGAGAAAAGUUUCGUCGAGCAGCGAGCAGCGGGCGCGGCACAUCAUCUCGAGCGUCUCUUUCUGCAGCGGAUAUACUGAGAGUGAGUGAGUCGAGGUAGCACAACUAAGAUUUUGGUGUAUAUAAAUACUAUAUGAAACAUAGCAGAGCUGUAAUUGGAGGCAAUUACUUCAGUAGAGGGAAAAAGAAAAUGCAAGUGCUUGAGUAAGGCGAAAACCUAGCUAAAUGCCAUGAUAAUUCCACUGCAAUUAUCAAGUAAUUGAAAUAUUACUCAAGUAAUUGUUGUUUUUUUUUUUUUAUUAUUAUUAUUAUUUUUUGUGUAAUUCUCAUACAAUUUAGUAAUUAUUAUAGCUCUAGUACAUGUAAGAAUUGUGUAUCGAUAUCGAUAGGCAGUUAUCGAUCAUUAAGUGCGCCGUCUGAAUGCAAAGUGAGCGAAAAGUCCUAAGUUUAAGUAGCAAGAGCAAUAUUAAAGAAAAUCUAAUUUACACCGUCUGCAAAUUCAAUUCUUAAUGCAAAUUCAACUUAAAAUUUAACUAAAAUUAAACUAGAAAUUAAGCAUAAUUUAGCAACAACGACAACAACAACAAAAACAAUUGAACUAGCGGUAAACAUAAAGCUGGGCUCCCCAAAUGCAAUAAACAUAUAAAUAUAAAAUAAAUAAUAUAUUUUUAGCACUUUGCACUUUGUGAAAUUUGCUUAGUUAUAUAAUUUAUUUAUUCAUAAAUAAAUACACAAAAAUAACUAAACAAAUUUAAAAACAUUUUUGUAUCUUAAGAACACAUUUAACAUUGCCGCGCCCACACACACGCACAUACAAAAUUAAUACACAUUUUAUUUAACUUGUUUUAUUUACUAUGAAUUUAUUUAAUAUUUAAUUUAUUGCAUAAACUAUAAAAAAAAGAAAGAACUAUGGAACGCAAAGCAAAUGCUCUAGUGAUGUUUUUUUAAUGCAAAUUAUAUAGUCCUCUUCGAUUUGAAAAGCUUUUAAGUUUAGACUGAAUAUUGAAAGUUUUAAUUUAAAGCAAUUACUUUAGUUAAUAUUUAAAUUUAUUAAACAAACAAAAAAUAAAUAAUUACUUUUAUAUAUAUUCAGAAAAUUCAUUUAAAUAUAAAAAAAGUGUCAAAGUGCAGUCAUUUUGUUAGUAACUAAUCUAAUUCAAAUAUAUAAAAAUUAAAAAGUAAAAAAAAAAAACAUAAAUAAAACAUAAUUUAUUUAAGCUAAGUAGUGUUAAGCAAACAUAUAAUCGCACAAAUUGACGGAAAACAGAAAAAAAAUUAUAUAUUAAAAAUGUACUUUAACUAGCGUAAAUUUAGUUUCAAGUUCAUUUUCAUAUGUACGAAUAAUAAUAAAAAUGAUAUAAAUAUAUAAAUAUUAAUAAAACCA